UUAAUAGAGGAACCGAGACAGACAAGAGAAGCACAACCCAACUAGGCUCUCCACCAGGCGCUCAAACGAGCAAUAUCUUGAUAAAAUAGUGAGGAUCAAAAGCAGAUUCUUUUGCAAAUACAUACAUAGUUAUAAAUAUAUUUCGUUUGCAUUUGACUGCAAACGUAGCAGACAGUGAACAAAAGACUGGGCAUUUUGAGAUACUCAACGUGUUGGUCUGAAGGCAAACACUGGAUCGAUUUCUAGGUUGUGCUGGUAUUUUAAAAUUGAAUUUAAGGCACCAUUCGUAUAUGUGAAUGUGCAUUAUCAGGCGCUGUCUGUAGUGCUGAAAUCUGAAGUGCAGAGACCGAACAACACAAAGGAAUCAAACACAGGCGGUUGGAAACCUGUUGGUGACGAGCAUUAAAGGACUACGAGGAAGCGAUUGUUUUAAGAAUGUAUUAAAACCCAGUCGCUUGUUUUAACCAGCAUUGUUUUAUGCAAAUCAGUCUGUAGACUGUGCAUCGGCAGAGGGGGUGAAUUCCAACCAAACAGCUACAAGUGGAUCAGUGAGAGAUAUUUAAAGCCGGUUGUUUCUGCUUACCCCGACUAUGAGUGCGUGGAGCACGUUUCUUUAUUCGGUUCCAUUGCUAAUGAUUCUGUUAGUACAUAGUUGCCAUUUAGUCUGUGUUGAAGUUCCUUCAGAUACUGAAGCCCUACAUGGAACUGAUAUGAAACUCACUUGCAUUUCCUGUGUGAAGAGAGAAGAAGUAAAUACAGACACUAUGGUUGAAUGGACCUACAUCAACAGUGAUGGAGAAGAGAUUUCAAUUUAUGAGUACAACGGAGAGCCGCGAGAGCUAAAAGGACCUUAUCAGGGCAGAAUUCUGUGGAAUGGAAGCAAAGAUCUGCAAGAUGUAUCCAUAACCAUAGUGAAUGUUACACUUAACGACAGCGGUUUGUACCGGUGCACGAUCAAACGUUAUUUCAAUUAUGAAAUGCACAGACCUUCUGUCACAGAUGUGAAAGAGGUUCAGCUAACAGUACAUGAAGAUGCCCUUGAAGAUUUUACUUCAUACAUUUCAGAAAUUAUGAUGUAUCUUCUCCUUGUUUUCCUCACUUUAUGGCUUGUUAUAGAGAUGAUAUAUUGCUACAGGAAAAUAUUGAAAUCAGAACAAGCUGCACAAGAAAAUGCAGCAGACUAUCUGGCGAUACCCUCUGGAAAUAAAGAAAACCACUCAACUGUUCCUGUAGAGGAAUAGGCACAUUUGCUUUGGAUAGCGGAUAGAUUGAUAUUUUUGCCAUGUAAUAGGUUUAGAAUAUAUAUCCGGUACCUUGUCCACCUACUCAAGGUCAUUGACUGCGAUCCCCAGGAAGAUCAGCCACGUGCAUUGCAAUGGACUGAAAUGUUGAAAACUAGAAAAAAGAGCAAAUGUAUGGAAUCCCUUGGAUUGAACUCAAUGCCAUAUUCUUUAUUUACAACCAACAACCUGUAGGCAAAUGAUUAAAAGGAAUCAAACUCUUCCUUUUACAGCACAUUUUACAAUAUGUUCUUGUACAUUCAUUUGGAGUCUUUUAAAUUUUAUUUAGAUGACCUUUUUACUUAAUGGUUGAAGUAUUUUUCUAAAUCUACUAUUUGUACAGAUUUGAUUCCCAGUUGACAAGUUUGCAAAUGGAAAUCAGGCCAACUGAUUGUCUAUUUGCUUUCCUUGUAAACAGGUUUGAAUCAUUAAUGUACAUAAUCUACUAAUGAUAUCCCACGGUUAUAAUUCUCAGUUCAUGGUUUUUGGCUUUUGAAGGAUAUACUUCAUUUUGCUAUGAAAGGAUAAAACUUGAUUUCAUCACAAUUUGUUGUACAAAACCUUUUGCAUUUGCUUAUAUUUAAAGGGAGACUAUUUAAUGACUGUAAUAUUUUAAACAUUACGCAAAAAAACAGAAAGAAGGAGAUUGUUCCAUUCCUGGUGAAAAGUGUAUUGUUGGUUUCCCUUUCAACCCCUUUGCAAGUUUGUAGAAGAGUGCUAAAAUUUACUUACAAGCUUCAUAAUAGUGUAUAGUGUCUUAUACAGUGUUUGGAUAAAUUGAAAUAAGAGUGUUAUUUAUAUGUACCAUAUUUAAAAUGUACACAUUGAAAUCGCACUGCCAAGUGUGGCUUUUGCAUAAUCAGUUCUAUUCUGUGGGCUGGUACAUCUAAUUGCCACAUUUCCUUAAAUAGGGCUUUUAAAAAAGAUUUUCUGAUGUUUAUCUUGAUAAUUAAACUUUUAUGAAUUAAUGAUGGAAUUAUAGCAUACAACAGCAACCCUGUGGUAAAAAACAGUAACAGCUGAAGAAAGUAAAGGGCACAGAAAUUAUAUUCAGUACAUCUUCUGUUAAAUCAUUACUACAAACCUGAUAGAAGAACAAUUUUCCUUCAGUUUGUUGCAAGUCAAAAAUCUGCACUCAUUGAGGCAGUUCAACUCUUCCAACGCACUGGACUUGGUGCAGAUAACUAUUAAUUACAUCAUGCCUAUCAGCUUAUAGUUUGAAUUUAAGAUCUUCCAGCUAUCAACUCUGUAUUUCAAGGAUAUUAACCACAUUAAUUUAUGUCAUUAUUUUCCUUCAAUAAAAACAGAUAAUACUCAGUAGGCCACACAGCAUCUGUGGAAAGAGAAGAAAUACAACCGUUUAGUCUGGGAGCCUUUCCUUUGUUUUCUAAUGGCAGUCAUUCAAAUCCCCUUAUUGCUCAUAAAAUGAUAAUCAAAGUAUUAACCCAUUCAUGUUUUCUUCUUUUCUAUUAUCUCAAUACAUUUGUUUAUUCUGUCUCGAGUUAAAUACACUUUACACAGUAUGGCCAGACAUCGAAAAUAUUUGUUGAAUAAUCUAAAUGCAGCACGCAGCAAUUUAUACAGAACACUUAAAAAUCACUACAGAUAAUACAGAAAGAAUACCGUUCAUCUGCAAUUUGAUACUUGGAAAAGCAGGCAUAUCCUACAAUAAAGUACAAAGUUAAAGGAAAAGUUAAAUGAAAAUACCCAGCAGAUCAGACAGCAUUUGUGAAGGAGACAAUAGAAUUAAUAAUUAUCCUUCAUUAGAUCAUUUUGGAGCCAAAAGAAGGUAGAAUGUUCUAAUAUCUGAUCAGACAGUUAAUUUUCACCAGUACAUAAAAAAAACAGAUUUUGCUUAAGUCAUAUGGAAUAUUCUACAUUCCUUCACUAGAGAGAAUAAGCAUUUAGUAAUAAAUGGUUAUGAAACAACGAGAAUAUGUAAAUUAUUAAAGGGAGUUGAGAAUUUACGUUGCACCAGCAGGCUAUUUUUCUUUAAUCUAUGUCUUUUUAUUUAAAUUUGUGAAAACCCUGACUGGAUGCCUCCUCUCCUUCACUUCAUCUUACAAAUAACAGUUGGUUAUAUCUCAAAAAUCUCUGGCCAAACAUGAAUCCUUUCCCCUAACAUUCAAGAACGAGUUGCCAAGCUAAAAUUCUUUUACUCAAAAUGAUCCAGUGCUGACAGCGUUCUUUGCAAGUAAUACUAGUUACAACUUCAUGUAUUUUACAAAAUUAUCCUGAUUGUAUGGAUACAAUUUAUUUUCUAGUUCUGAAUUAGAAAAUGCUGAUAACCAUAGUAAAACUGAAAGACAUUUUUGAACAACUAGUUACGAAUUAUUAGGGAUUCCAGUUGUCACUUAAGUUCUCGGGCCAAACUUAUGCAAAAUCUUGUUAGUAGAGUCAUAGAGUUAUACAGCACGGAAACAAACUCUUCAUCGCAUGUCAUCUACUGUAUAAUGACCAAGAUGUCUCUUUGAGCUGUUCCCAUUUGCCCUAGUAUCAUUUUUCCAUCUUUGAAAUGCAUUUUAAAUCUUUAAAAUAUCAAAGUCCUUUACAGGAAAUUAUGUGGAACUUGUCAAUUACACAAUUUCUCCUCUCAAAAUGAUUGAAUAAUAUCAGUUAAUACCCAAUCGGAAAUUAUCAUAAAUUAUUUUUUUCCAAAUCCAGAUUCAGCAGAAUCACAGUACAAUUACAUAGAAACCUGCUCACUUCACAAUGUUAUAGAAAUAAUUAUAUGUCUAUAUAAGAUUGAAAACAAGUAUAUAAUCGAACAGAUUUUUUUCAAUAUAUUAUUGCUUGUGAACUGCAGGUUGCAAUGACAUCUCUGCCACCAAAACAGAUUUUGACUGAGACAUUAUUUUGUUGUAAUUAUUGUUUUGGGUUAUAAAUCCUUGGUUAACAGUUGUGUUUAAGCCAUGGUCUGUCAGGUAUUUUAGUCCCUAGAAAUAAUGAAGACUAUGUAAAAAAAGGUUUGGAAGAAUGGAUUUGUCAUGAAAAGAUACACUGUUCCUUUUCUUUAUCCUUUUCCCAGUGAUAAUUUUUUUGUUCUUCCACUAACCAUUUUUAUUGCUUUAAUUUGACAUUUUUUGUAGGUCAAUGACUGCUAUUUGAAAAUUUCAAAGGAGUUCAAGAGCAAAAAAAUUAGUUAAUUCUACUCAAGAUUAAUUGCAGUGAAACCUAAAUAAUUAGCAAACAUAUGUAAGGAAGUGCCAAUUGGAAAUAGUAUGUUUAUUAAGAUAACACGUUUGUACUGGAGAAAAGAACUUGUAAGCACUAAAUACUGGUAUCAACCUUGAUUCCCAAGCUUGCAAUCUCCAUCAUUUAAAAGGCUAUAGCAGCAAGUCUUUGGAAACACUGCCAUUUGGCACCUCUUUUCUAGACUACACAUCAUUUUGAUUUGGACACAUUUUCCCAUUCUUCAAUUGUUGCUGGAUCAAAAUUGUGGAAAUCACUAACAUCACACUUAAAGAGUAUUUUCAGCGCAGGACUGUAAUAGCUCAAAAAGGCGCUCACCUUAAGAUAUCCAUGUUCCCUAAAUGAAUUAAGAUAAAGAUAUUGGAUGACUAGGAGUACAAAGAGGGAUCCUCCUACCUUGUCCCAAAAAGGUCCUUUAACCCAGCUUCAGAACCCAUUGGUUGAACGAUAGGAUAAUAUUUAUUUCUCUUAUUCCUAUCCUACAUCACUUAACUGUGCUGUUCGAAGGGGAGCUUAGCUCAAUUUAUAAUCUGUUUACAUAGUAAAGAAAAGCAAAGAUCAAUGAACAAAGCAACACACAUCAAAGUUGCUGGUGAAUGCAGCAGGCCAGGCAGCAUCUCUAGGAAGAGGUACAGUCGACGUUUCAGGCCGAGACCCUUCGUCAGGACUAACUGAUCAACGAACAAAGCCCAGUUUUUAGGACACAUAUCAGGGUGCCAUUUUGGAUGUUAAGUGAAGACCCAAAGAGAAUUGUGUGUCUUUAAUGUCAGAAAAGUAUUGGCAUUUAGCAUAGGAAGGAAGAAAAUAAAUUAUGAAAAUAUCUUUUCAGUGUGUAUAGCUUAUGACAAUCAAAAGAUUUAAACAAUGAACAUCCUCAUUCACUACCAGUAGCAUAUUGAACUCUUCCAUCAGUAAUUAUAGUCAUUCAAGGCCUACUUCUCUCAACUCCAAAAUAAAAUUAAAUUCAUUAAAUUUCAAUUAAAAUUAUUUAGGAAUUUAUGAGGCAUAAAAUUAGAGUGCAUCUUCUUUCUUUCCUGAAAUUUAAUGUUCAUUAUCUUAAUAUGUUAGCUUAAAACUAUGUGCCUAUCUUUUACAGAAACUUCAUUUUGUAAGGCCAAUAUUGGAGCAAGUUAAUGAUAGAAGCCAAAACAUGUAUGGAUUGGUUUAGACAAAAGGCAAAUAUUUUUUUCUGUAUAUAAAGCUAUGUGAUAUGCUAUAGAUGAUACAGUUGGAGUUAAAAGUUAAAUUGUAGUCAUAACUCACAGCAACAGGUACUGUUGAGUUAAUUUGGUAGAUAGUUGAUAAAAUUUAUUUAUAAAGCAGUGCAACUUAUGAGUAUUAGAGAUAGAAUGGAUAAGAGGUAUUCAUUCUCCUGAGCAACUAAAUGAAUUAUGAAGAGAUAGAGAUUUAAGAAUCAGCACACAACUGUAAUGAAUCAAGAAGGUAAUUCGACUUCCUGAGAUACACACAUCUAAAUGAACUAAGAUGAAGUCUUCACUGUCUAAUACACCUUCACCACCUGAAUGAACGUCAGUCACAGAAACAUUUAUCACAUUCAUAAAGUGCACUCAGUGUGAUGCGAUAGGAAGAAAGAAUGAAGAGCAGAAUUGGGCUGGCUUAGGUUGGACAGAAUGAGCAAAAUGCGGUAAGUGUCUAUGAUAAACUCAGAGAGGGAAAAGCUGCACCUUCUUUCAUUGUUUAAGUUGCUGUAGCUGAAGGUCAGCUUAUAAAUAACGACAAAGAGUUCCUCAUAUGACAACCUAGUCUACCAUAAACUACUUAAUGACUGUCUUGGCUCUGAAAAGUAAUGCAAACAGUGGGAAUGGCGACAAAACAAGCAAAAUUGUUUCAGACAACAUACAUCAAAGUUGCUGGUGAACGCAGCAGGCCAAGCAGCAUCUAUAGGAAGAGGCGCAGUCGACGUUUCAGGCCGAGACUCUUCGUCAGGACUAACAAAAUUGUUUCAGAAUUGUUUUAUCAAAACAUCCAGCAAAAAACUCUGUUUAACAUUGUAGUCAACUGUUCAAAGAUUUUUAUGGCUAUUUCUGUCAGGUUGAGUUAAUUUAAAAUGAACUGUAAAAAUACGUUUUUCAAAUAAUAUUUAUAGUUUUGCUUUACAGCGUACAUAUGUGACUUAACCUGUAGUAGGGGCUUCAUGAGAUAAGAUUUAUAGCAUUCCUCUACAGCUUUUAAUUGAAAUCAACUUCAUUUGCACUCGCUUCUAAAUAUAGAUUUUCUGUGAAUGCAUUACCAUUGUCAGCACUAUUAAGUAAUGCCAUAGAAACCACAGAAACUACAGCACAGAAACAGGCUUUUUGGCCCUUCUUGGCUGUGCUGAACCAUUUUCUGCCUAGUCCCACUGACCUGCACACGGACCAUAUCCCUCCAUACACCUCCCAUCCAUGUAUCUGUCCAAUUUAUUCUUAAAUGUUAAAAAAGAACCCGCAUUUACCACCUCGUCUGGCAGCUCAUUCCAUACUCCCACCACUCUCUGUGUGAAGAAGCCCCCCCUAAUGUUCCCUUUAAACUUUUCCCCCCUCACCCUAAACCCAUGUCCUCUGGUUUUUUUCUCCCCUAGCCUCAGUGGAAAAAGCCUGCUUGCAUUCACUCUAUCUAUACCCAUCAUAAUUUUAUAUACCUCUAUCAAAUCUCCCCUCAUUCUUCUACGCUUCAGGGAAUAAAGUCCCAACCUAUUCAACCUUUCUCUGUAACUGAGUUUCUCAAGUUCCAGCAACAUCCUUGUAAACCUUCCCUGCACUCUUUCAACUAAUGCCAUUUGACUGUUGAAAAAUGGAACAAAGUAUUUAAAAUCAGGAGAACGGCAAAGAUCUCAGUUUACUUCGUAAAUGCUUGCCACUUAAGGCACAUUUCUGAUCUGUUCAAUACAGAAUAAAUGUGGUGGGAGGUACAGCUUUAUCGAGAUGAAGGGUGCACCUUUGUUAAGAAUGUUAUAAGGGAGACCUAGCAGUGUUCUGGAGCCAGGUUCCUUUAGCUGCACAAAUGAAUACCCAGAUUUACUGGAAAGUACCUUCUAAAAUUGUCAUUCAUCACCAGCAGCUACAGUUUUGAGAUACAGUAAACCUGUUUGGCAGAGGGAGAUGGUUGCCAAAAAUCUAGGUAAUGUUGCUUGUGCAUAGGAGAAAUUAAAGCAAUACCGGUUGAUAAUCUUGAACAUACAAUAUAGAAGGAAUAUAUUAAGGAUCUUUUCAAGGAUUGUGAGCCAGUAGUUUAAACAGCAGCACUUAAAAGGAUUGUUGAGAAUUUUCCAACAGAGAUGCACUGAGGUGAAAUGUCGAGUUGUACCUAUUUUGAGCCACAGAUCUCAGUGCAUGCUACAAUUGCACAAAGCAAAACACGUGAUUCAUUCCAUCGGGAAUCACAAUACUAGCCUUUGUAUCCUAUUCGUAAGCUCUACUAAAAACCUAGACUCCACCUCCAAACUAUCCUUUGAUCUAUUUAAUUAUCUCACUUCACCAUCCACUGCAGAAAAUGCAAUUGCAAAAAAACUGUCAUAUUUGAUUAGUGGAAGUCCUGGACAAAGACAUAUUUUGGUUUUAGAUUUUUACUUUACUCUUAAGAAAACUAUGACUAAUGCCAUAAUGUUCUUAAAAUAAUGAUCAACUAUCCAAAUCACUUGAAUGGAGUAAAAUAAAACAGAUUAAGUCUGUUUUGUCUCCAUACUGUCAUUGUAUCACUCGAUGUAAUGUGUCAACCCUUGUGUAUACUUAGACUAUAAUUGUACACUUUAUUGAUUUAAAUCAGACCCCAAAUGCUAUAUUAUAAUAAAAGUCAUUUAAGAACAGAUGCACCAUGUUAAAUUAAAACAUACUGAAGAUCAGAGGGACAAAGAGGAUCAACCUUCUGUUGAAACCAUCACCAUCUCCUGGGUGAUGUCAGAAUUAAAAACUGAUCACUAUCAUUUACUCACAAGGGACUGGAGUGGUGCUGUUUACUUUGCAUGUUUCAUUUAUUGCUAAAAAUUAUACAAGUGUACAAGUAUAAACUCCAUGAAAGGAUCAACUAGUUAAUACAUCUGUUUUACAUUAUCUAUACACAAAUAUAAAAUGGAGCACCUUCAAUGUUGUUUCUCAAGAGGUAGCUAUGAAGUCAGCUUCAGGCUGUGAGUAGAUCAGGCAUGACCUUAUUGAAUAGUGGAGCAGGUUGGCUGAUUCCUGCUCUUGUUUCUUUUAAGUUUUUCAAGUUAAACAGCAUGCAGCAGAUUUUGAUUUAGAUAAUAUAAAUUAAAAAUGCAUUUACCCACUUGAGAGAGUGAUUUCGAGUCAAACCAAUUUUGUAAUUGAUAAUGUUGUGAUUGGACUGCUGUGUGUGUCACAAAUGAGCUUUUGCUUCUAUCUUAACUUCUCAAAACCCACGCAUCAGCCAGAGGAUUCAUACAAGACAGAUGAUUAACAGACAUCCCACCCUGCAGAAACUCAUUUCAGGGAGAUAGCACCACCAAUUUACGGGAGACUUCCGGGAGAGGUGGGAUGUCUGCAAUAGAGUAGCUCCUUAGCAGCUGGCCAGCUAGUUUAAAUAAUGUUAGCUAUGCUAGUGAAUGAAUGACACCUGUUAAACUCACCUCAACAUGUCUUUUACAGUCUUAACCCACCAUGGGCAAUAGAAAAGUCACUGUUGCAAACAGUGCAGCAAGCAACACUGUCAUUAUUUUGACCCCUGUUAGGCAGGGGUACACUUUAGUGUAGUCUGGGGUGACGUACGUUUUAUAUUCUUUUUGGAAUACUCUGCCAUGGCUUUUCCGCUCGCUCUCAAAAAAAUUGAUUUCCGGGAUAUUGUAUAUAAUUUCCGGGCAUCAGGGAGCCGCUAUCAAUAUGCGGGAGACUCCCGGAACUUCCGGGAGAGGUAGGAUGUCUGGAUUAAAUACCUCUAAGAAGAAUAUAACAUAACAUUCGAGAAACCUAACAAGAAAUGUAACAAUGUUUCUUACUUUGAAUACUCAAAAUAUAAUUCAUUUGACCCAAAAUCAAUUUUGCUUUUUCUUUAAAAUCUCUGCUGUGUACAAUUGACAAUAGUAUCACACUAAUUUAUGUUACAUUACACGCUUAUCAUUUAAUGGACCAUUUUCCCUUAAUUUGAUCCCAGUAUGGUUUAUGUGGAAUGCAAUUUUAUCUAUCAUGCCUGUAGUCCAAAGGUGCAGGAUAUAAUUUCCUUGGGUUAAUCAGGGAAGAGCAGAGAUGGAGUAGCACAAAAUUCCAGGUAAUGAAUCUUCACCCCAAUCCUAUUUGAAAUGAAGAAUACAAUUAGAAAAUGUAACUCUGUUUAUACGUCAUGAAAGUGGAGCUUGAGCAAUUUAGGAUUAACAUCAGAGUUGAUAUUAUUAUUUCGAAACCACCUGGAGGGAUUUAGUGCACAUACAGUACCAGAAAUGGUGUUCCAAUGAUGCUUGCCACUGACUUCAAAGAAAGCAGAUCCCUGUGAUUUGAACUGUACCUUUUCCAAUGUUUGUUGUUAAGAGGCAGAAUUAGAAGAUCAAUGUUAUCCAGCAUAAAUGGCUGCACAGCCUCCUUAAUGGGAAUCAUAUUGAAGAAUUUUCACAGAAAGUAAGCCAGUGUUUUAAGGCACAAAUUUAACUAAUAUUGUACGUAUUUUAGAGAACAAAAAAGAUUAGCUCAUACCCAAGAUUAAAGCGGAACUUGAAAUAUAAAAUGUAAUUUAAAACUGUUAGUUCAAAAUGCUUAUCUGUUGAAAACUUUGAGGGAGUUAAAAUCACACAUGUAAAAUUGGUUUUAUUAGCAGCACACAAAUUUCAAAGCAACAAGAUAAUCUGGCAUGCUAAGAAAACAUUUAUAAAUUGUGCAUCAAAGAACAGUACCCUUGAGGUAAUUUUCUUUAGUCUUCCUUAGCUCUGUAAUUCUUGUCAAUCAGAAUGGAAAAGGCUGCAAAACAGUACAUCCUUUAAUAUGCGUUCACUGACAAUAGAUUCUAAUCUUCCAUACAUUUACACUCCAGAUUCAGAGUGAAUGCUGACAAUUUUGCUAUCAAUAUACUAUAUCUGCAAAAUGCAAGCCAUGAUAUAUGGCUGAACAAGAUUUUUAAUCCAAUUUUAAGCAUCAUUACUGCUUGCUGGGUGUAUGUUAAGUGCCAAAUGCAUGUUAAUUUUGACAGGUUCACCCUGAUGCAGAUAGAAGGAUUAAUAAAACAAAUGAGGUGUUGAUUUAUUACUAUGUCAUUCUAACCUGUUAACACCUAGAGUGAACUUUGCUUAAAUAUUACAUUCAUUUGUCAAUGACUCACAGUAACAUUUGUAAGAAUUUUCUGUCAUAGUUGACAACUGUGGUUGUGCUAAAUACAAUGAGUUGAAGUUUUCUAUCCUUACACUGAGUAGUGGUAGAAAAGUGCAGCCUGUUUUAAUAUAUAUUCAUUUAACAUAUGCUUUGCUACAUUAUAGACAUUUUUAAAAAUGUUCCAAUAGUAAAGUAAUUUAGAACUGCAAAUCUGGUCACUUUUGCCAAAUGAUUUGUUUUAAUUGUGACUUCAUUAAGAUACGUGAAUUUUAGAUUACCGUUAUACUAAUGUGAAGGAAUUGCUCUGAUAAGCACUUGAUUAAAUGUCAUAGUAUUCAUCAGCUCAUUCAUCAGGCUAAUGAUGAAGUAAACAUAUGUAGCUUUAGUAAAACUUGCUUGAUCCUCACAUUUUCAAUUAUUGUAAUAUCUGGCUUUGAUAACAUUUAUUCACCUGUUCAUCUGUGGGUAUGUUGUAUUUAGUACUCUGAAACAUCCACUAUAGUAUACUGUAUAUCUUUUUUCUAAAGCAUAAUCAACCUUUCUCAUAAAAACUUUUGUAAAGAGAUGGAAUUUAUGUUUUCUCUUGCAUCUUUUCAAUUAUCUUGAUUUAGUCCUACCUAUAUUUUUUUGUAAAAGAAAGUUAACAGCUUUUCAAGCAAAUUUCUCCCCAACUUCUGGAAUUCAUUAUCCUCCCUCCAACCCCAAAUACACAUGCAAAAAAAAAAAGAAUGGAUACAGAGGUCAAAAAUAGUUCUUAGUAAUGCCACUGUAGCAAAUUAAAUAACAAUGUAUAAACAGUGUAAAUCUGGAUAAAGACUAUAAUUUACCUUUUAAAUCUGAACUAGUAUCUAUCCAAGUAUCAAUGUUCUAACUAUAUGCUAAGUGUCUUUGUGGACUGAUGAAAGUCUUCCUGUUUCACUCUCUGCCCACAUGGAUAGAAAACUGCAAAAGCAUUGGAAUAGCUCACAAAAGCAUCAAUAAUGUUGUGAUAGUUCUUAAAUUGCCCAUUCCCUAGUUUACUUAACUGCAUCAUGCUUUUGUGGGUUGCUAUAGAAAGUAAAAGUUGGGACCAAUCUCAUCUCACAAAUGAAUUUUUAAAUUGAAGUUUUAAUGGUUUCUGUAUGUAGUAUAUAUUCCUACUGUUUUGCUGUGCUCGGUCUAAUCACCAUUGAUGCCAGAAUAAGUAGAUCAGUCAUUAACUGGAAAAUGGUGCCUUUGGUCAUCAGCUCAGGCAUUUGGAGAAAAUGUGGCUGAACACAUAAUUGGAAGCAAGUUUAUAUCUUAUUCAGAAUUAUCCAACUACUUAAAUGGCUAGAUAUCAUGUUCAGUAAAACAUACAAGUUUUUAAAGCAAAUAUAUUAAACAGAUGCAAAUAUCUAUGUAAAGAUUGGAAUAAAUAACUGAUAAUGGGAUUAGAACAUGUAUAACCAAAUUCAAACCUAUAUUCCUUCUAGAUUCAAAGAAAUCAUUGUAACAUUUCUUUGUAUUUUAGCACUGACCUAUGAUCAUUAUUCUGGCACAAUGCUGUUUUCUAGGUUCUCAAAAUGGUCACAUUUGAUAUGAUUCACAAGAUGUAUUAUGGAACACAUAUUUAUAUUGUGUCUUUCAGCAAAAUAAAUCUCUU